CAACCAUCAUGUUAUCUCCAAUCGCAAUUUCCAUCCUCUUCGCUGCCCUCGUGAAGGCGCAGAAUCACACUCAUCACCGAACCAUCCACAUUCCCUCAUCCGCCCCCGACAGCGCCGUUGCCGUCCCAGAAGACUUCUUCUCCUUUGGUUUCGAAAGUGCCUUUCUCCCCAACUUCAACAAUGACUUCUCUGAUAAUGUCGUCAACUCCGUCGGCUCUCGUAUGAGCAAGCCCCUUAUAAUCCGGAUCGGUGGCACGGGCGGCGACCUUGUUCUGGUGAACGAUGACCUCAAGAAUGCCACCAAGUGCAUUGCCGGACCAAGCUGCCCGAAGAGCAGCAAGGACACCUUCGAGCUGGGUCCAGCUUACUUUGACGGGUUCAAGAGAUUCCAAAAGGCGGCGAUGACAAUCCAGGCGCCUAUUGGGGAUAAGAAUUACACCAUGGAGAAUACCAUGGCCUAUAUCCGCCAUGCGUGGGAGGCGCUGGGUCAGGAUCGCGUUGCUGCGAUUGCCCUGGGUAACGAGCCCAACUUUUACGACUAUGGUGUCCAGGAGUACGUAAAUCGGGCCCUGAAUAUUAUGGGCAAUGUCACCGAGGAAUUCAACCUCAAGGGUGAUGCUGCGAAGAUCUUCCAGGCUGGUGAGAUUUCCGACAAAGGAUCGGCUACGAACCAUCCGUUUGGACUGGCCGACGUCUUCAAGAGUGGCAUCAACAAGAAUGGCGGGAUCAAAUCCGCCGCCGAGCAUUACUACCAAGUCGGCAAGAAGCUGAGCGCGUGGGACUCCAAAGCCAUGCAGAGCACUAUCAUGAACCACUCUUACAUCCUUGAGCACCUCGCCCCAUACGAACAGGCCAUGUCUGACAUCAAGAACCAAGACGUUCCAUUUGUUCUCUCCGAGGUCGGUUCAGUCCUGGGUGGCGCUCCCAUCAAGUUCUCCGGUGGAUUCGGUGCUGCCAUGUGGGCAGUCGACAUGCAUCUGGCAGCCAUGGCUCGCGGCAUUCAGCGAGUAACCAACACAGAGCGUCCUGAGGCUGCACAUGCGUUCUGGGUCCCUGAUACCACUGGCCCCCUCACGAAGCGGCCGGUCGUGCAGGGAGUCUUCCCUGCUGCGCCUUUUAUCGCUGACUUUGUUGGCAAGGAUGGCAAGGUCGUUGAGAUCCCUCUCAAGGGCGGAAAUGAACUGUUCACUGCGUAUGCCAUGUACAAUCAGCAGACUUCCAAGGUGGACAAGGUUGCUCUGAUCAAUCUGAAGCAGUGGGAUGAGAGCUCCAAGGCCCACCGCGGAAGUGCGACCAUCACAUUGAAUGUUGGAAAUGAUGUCAAGUCUGCUAUCGUUCAGAGAAUGAAGUCCCGCAAGGGCUCAAGUGCCGUCGGUUUUGACUUGGGCGGUGCUGGAGAGAAUGUCACCUGGGCUGGUGAGCAGUGGACCUAUGCUGUUGACCAGGGCAAGGGCCAUUUCAUCGAUGGUCACAAGGUCGAAGAGCAGGUCAAGGUGAACAACGGAAAGGUGGUUGUUCAUGUGCCGGAUACAGAGGCUGUCAUUGUCUUUUUCAACUAAUAUCUUUUUCCUGUACUAUAUCCACCUCAAUACCUUGUAAAUAGAAUAG